AUGGCAGAGCCGCUGCCUGUCAUCGUCGCGCUCGUCUGCAUCUUCCUCCUCCUGGCGACCUUUGUCAUCUUUGUCACCCUCUGCAAGCCAGCGGCGCUGGACCAGUCCCGCUUUGGGCCCCACGAGUGCAUGCCCCAUCACCCGGCGGAUGCCAGCGAGCCCCAGCUGAGGCUCUGGAAGCGGCUGGGCUCCCUGCGCCGUUCCAUCAACACCUUCAGGAGGAGUCGGCCAGUGUCCCAGAGCCAGCUCGCCUGCCCCAGAAGCUCCCCUGCCAGCCAGGACUGGGACAUCAUGGAGUCCACCAAAAUGUGA